AUGGAAGCAAUGAAGAGGUUCAUGGUGAUGCAGCCUCCAUCUUUUAAUGGAGAGCCUAGUGCUGAAGUAGCUGAGCAUUGGUUGAGGAGGAUGAGAAGAAUUCUAGUGGGACUGGACAUACCUGAGGAAAGAAGGGUAAGUUUGGCAACAUAUAUGCUUGUGGACAAAGCUAAUUUUUGGUGGGAAUCAAUGAAAAGGGUGUAUGACACUGAAGUUAUGACUUGGGAAGAAUUUGAGAGAAUCUUCCUAGGCAAGUAUUUUGGGGAAGUGGCUAAGCAUGCCAAGAGGAUGGAGUUUGAGCACCUCAUCCAAGGAACCAUGUCGGUGCUGGAGUAUGAGUCACGUUUCUCAGAGUUGUCUCGUUUUGCUUUGGGGAUGAUCAGUGAGGAAGGAGAAAAGGCUAGGAGUUUCCAGAUAUUGAGGAGACCAACCAAAUUCGGGAGCAAAUGGGGGAUAGAAAAGGGAAACAAAGAAUGGGAGAAAGUUCCCAGGGGAGAUCUCAGGGCCCGCAGCAGAGACAGAGGACUCAGUAGUCUGAGAGUAGGCUCAACCUCAGUCUCAGGGAAGUUCUCAGCAACAGUCAGUAGUACUUUUCCAACCCCCUCAGUUUCAGCUGCCUUACCACCAGAUGCCACAGUUACCCCAGCAGCGCAGGGAACUAGGACAACUACCACGAGUCAGACCCGCUCUUCUCAGGGGUCGAAUGCUAGAGGUAGGGGAAGGCAGACAGCUGGGAGAGUUUUUGCCUUGACCCCAACAGAGCCAGAGGAGGACACCCUUUUGGUGGAAGAUAGAGCACUAAAUGUGGAUUUGAGGAUUUUGGAUAUGACUGGGUAUGAUGUUAUCUUGGGAAUGGAUUGGUUGACAGUGUAUAGAGCGGUUAUUGAUUGUCAUCGCCGCAAGAUAAUAUUUUGUCUACCAGAGGGAUUUGAGUAUGUGUUGAGGAAUGGAUCAAUAAAUUUCCUAGCUUGCCUUCGUGGUAAGGAGAAAGCCCAGAAGGACAUUACAGAAAUUCCAGUGGUGAGGAAGUUUCAGGAUGUAUUCCCAGAUGAGUUACCAGGUUUACCACCUCAUAGAGAGUUUGAUUUCUCUAUUGAAGUAUACCCAGGAACUGAUCCUAUUUCAGUAUCCCCUUAUAGGAUGGCCCCUCUUGAGUUGAAGGAAUUGAAAACUCAGUUAGAUGAAUUGUUGGGAAUAGCAGUAGACCAUUCAAAGGUGGAAGUUGUACAGGAGUGGCAAAGGCCUACCAAUGUAUUUGAGGUUAGAAGUUUCUUGGGGUUGGCUCGGUAUUAUAGGAGGUUUGUGGAAGACUUCUCCAGAAUUGCAGCACCAAUGACUUGGUUGACUAGAAAAGGGGUGAAGUUUGAUUGGAAUGAGGAGUGUGAGAAUGCUUUCCAGAAAUUGAAGCGAAAAUUGACCACUGCUCCAGUGUUAACUGCUCCUAUUAGUGGAGAGUUGUUUACAAUUUAUUGUGAUGCUUCCACAGUGGGGCUAGGGUGUGUGCUAAUGCAGCAAGGCAAGGUGGUAGCUUAUGCCUCAAGACAGUUAAAGCAGCAUGAGCGGAAUUAUCCAACACAUGAUUUGGAGCUUGCAACAGUGGUGUUUACCCUUAAGACUUGA